AUGCUGAAGUCAACAAGAGAUCUAAUCAAAAUCGUGAAGAAAGCCGAUGAACAAAAUUAUUACAGUGAAGCUCAUAGACUUCUUCAACAAGGCGCAGAUAUAACAGCUACUAUUAAACACUCUUCGAUGAUUGAUUUUCUUACUGCUAAAGAACAACAACUACGACCAAUAGCACCAUGGAACGCUGAUAACUGUCUAUAUGUGAUUCAGGCCUUGGAGACAGGCGCCUCCGACCGAUUGAGUGCACAAGUGUUUUCAACGAAUGGUGGAGAUCUCGAAAAGAUGCGCACAUUAAUUCAGUUAAAGGGCAGUUGUUACCAGUCAACUACAUAUGGACCAUUAGGGUUGUUGGGUGCACUGUUGAAACAAGGCACAGUUCCUAUUCGAUUAGAUGUCGUCCGAUUUCUCAUCGAGAGCGAUCCAAUCACAAAAUCUAGUUUGAUCCUCACUAACACUGAAGAACAAACAUGCUUGUCACUUGCAAAAAAUAAUCGAAAAUGUCCACUAGAUGUUAUUGAUUAUAUUCAACGACAACUGGAUACAAUUAUUAAUAAAAUUCCGUUUACUCAGCCCCAUAUCGAUCCAAAUAAAGUGAUUGCAUGGAUUCGUCUAGGUGCUAAUAUUGAAGCGAUUGAUGAGAAAGGAAAUACGAUUCUUUCAAAUGCAGUUCUUGCCAAUAGUUUAUCACUUGCUAAUGCUCUUGUGUCAGCAGGCUGCAAUACUGCGCAUGAAAAUUAUGACCGUCUCACGCCUUUACAAAUUGCUCAAAAAGCUACACCAAGAAAUAAUCCGUUAAUCGCCCUUCUAGAAAAACAAGGCGUGAGUAUUGAACUAAAACGUCUGAUUGAAACAAAAAAAUCGCAAUUGACUACUGAGGAAGUGCAUACUGUAAUCAAUAAUGGAGGAAACAUCAAUGUCACCUUUACCAACAAUGAUUCACUUCUUCAUCUCUUAAUAGCUAAUAAAGGUACGCCAGAGAUGGUAACUGCUUUCGUGAAUGAUUUCCAUGCCGACUUAUUUGCAAUGAACACUAAUGGAUAUCGACCUAUUGAAACAUGCAUUCUGCUUGAUGAACAUCCAUUUGUUUAUUUGCCGACACUUUUCAAGUUACAAAAAGCUGCCAUAGACUUAUUCCAUAACCCGAAGUUGAACAAAACUCUUUUACAGUUCGCCACUGAUACAAAACGUGACGGAGCAGCAAAAAUAAUUCAAGAUGAAUUAAAUGUUCGUUUGUGGAAUUGUAUGGUGCAUAUGAACAUCAACGAGGAUAAUAAUGAAAACAUUAUGAAAGAAGCCAAUGGGUGGAUCAAAUACGGCGCUCAGAUUAAUCAUCAAUAUGAAAAUGAAGAAUAUCAAGGGUGGACCAUUCUACAUUUAGCAUGCAAAAUAGCCACAAAACAACUUGUUCAAUAUCUUAUUACACACUUUGAAGUUGACUAUACCUUACAGAAUCACAAUGGUGAUUAUCCUAUUUCUGUCGCCGCUGAGUAUGGUAAUCUGUCGAUUGUUGAAUAUUUGCGUAGUUUACCAAAGUCAAGUGUGAAUAUAUUCAACAAAGACCACCAAACACCUUUGCAUUUAGCCACGAAAAAUCACCAUUUACUUGUUGUUCGAUAUCUUGUAAGAUGGGGUGCUGACCAUCAAGCACAAAAUCGAUCAAGACAAACUUCACUACAUAUAGCACGUUCAAAUACAUCUAAAAACGAAGAAGAAGAAAUGAGUAAUAAACAAUUGAUUCGUUUUCUGAAACAGCUGAUUUGUCCUCCGGUGGAGGAUGUAGUUCAACAGCCAUUGAACACAACAGAACCCAGUCGUGAUCUUGAUACUUGUGAACUAGGGGCACCAGUAGCCAUCAAUCAUAUACAAAUCACUACUAAAGGUUCUGAUAACGUUUGGCAAAAGAAAUUUAAAGAUCUUGUUUUUCAGAGUCCCAACCAUAAUUUGCACGAUGCAGCAAAAACUGGAGCCUUCUGGGCUGCUGAACAAGCUAUUGCUCAAGGAGCUGAUAUUCUUCAUCGAAAAGGAAAUCGUACUCCAUAUGAAGUGGCACAAAUAUCCAUAAAAGAAUACAGCCUCAAGUUGAGUUCUUCGACGCUGAGUUUAACGGAUCGCUCGCGUAUUCAAACAAUCUCAAGCGGUUGUCAACAAAUUGCAGAUAUGAUUCGAAAGAUCGCGCAAAUAAACAUAAUCAAAGCUAUUGACCAGUCGAACGCAGGUCUUGUCAUGGCCUAUCAUCUAGCAGGAGCGUCACUAACUGCUGACUUAAUAUACAAAGCUUGCAGUGCAUCCGAUAAUGUCGAAAUUAUUGAUUAUCUGAUUAACCAAAGUAUGGAUAUUAAUCAAGCUAUAAUAAAUGAUUCGUCAUCUAGGUGUCCAUAUCUAAUUGCAAAAGAGAAGAAAUUCAGCAAAGUUACUGCGUAUCUCAAAUAUCGAUUAUCAAUUGAAUGUACAAAAGCCGUGAAAGAAAAUAAUCUUCAGAUGGUGAAGACACUGGUAUGUGGCGGAGCCAGUGUCGAUAUGCAAGAUACAAAUAAUCUAAACGAAGCAUUAAAUCAUCAAAAUAUCAACUUAGUUCAAUUUCUCUGUCAACAUGGUGCAAAAAUGCCAUCAGAAUGGCUCUCUGAAAAAACUAUGCAACUAAAAGAAACUUUCUGGAAACAGCUGAAACCUGAGAUUGCACAUUGUAUACAUCAGUUCCUAAUCAAUCGGAGAUUGCGAUUUGCAGCUGCCAGUGGUGAUCUGAAGAGUGUGAUUCAAUGCCAACGUCUUGGUGCUGACAUUAAUUCAGUCAAUUGCUAUGGCUCAACUGCACUCUUAAGUAGUAUUCAACAUGGAAAUUACUUUCGAAUUGUUCAUGCGCUCGUUUCUUGUGGUGCAUCAAUUUUACAUUCAAAUAACGUUGAGCCGAUAUCACUGAUUGAUCUUGCUAAUAGGCGAAACUAUAAACAAAUAGCCAACUAUUUAUUACAAGAACUGAAUAUAAAAUUCAUGUCCGCGAUCCUCAACAAUGAUCGAGAAAGUGCAGAAAAAUUUGCGCAGCUAGGUGCUGACUUUAACUACCAAGAUGAGCAAAAGCAUACAGCAUUGCAUUACGCUGUGCAAUAUCAUGAUGUCAAUCUUGUAACUUGGUUAUGUGAAUGUGGUAGUACUCCGACAAUAUGUGAUAUCAAUGGCGAUUAUCCAAUAAUUCAAGCAACUGAGAAAGGUAAUUGA